UCGCCGCACUGCAGAAAAUUGCACCGGCACGGAUAAUUUCAAUAACUGCACUCGAAAAGCGUGACCUCGUUGAAGAACCGUGAAGCACCGGCAGUCAGCCGCCGCCACCUAAUCACUGUGAUAAUCACCGUGAACGUGUUCAUUGUCGGGCCACGCCGGCUAGCGGCUCUAACAUAGUUAUCGAUUCGCGCCAGCCGAUUUAAUGAACGCUAAUUUGCGUCCGAUUAACUUUCGCCAAUUUAAUCAAGUAUUAAUAUGCACCGAAUCCAAUGACACUCCGGGAGGAAUAGUUUGCUAAGUUUUAAGGGUAACCAAAGGAUACUAAUGGCGCAAAUAGUUCGAAUCAUUCGCUUGAAAAUGAAUUAUGCUGCUCGAUUAUCGUUCUCGUUGAUACGCUUGCGUUUUGUGUUCAAUCACCAAUAAAUGUUACGUUUUAAGCAAAAUUUUAUCAAUUGAAAGGAUUUUAAUUUGCAUUCGUUGGAGUGUCAGGUAUGAAGCGAAAAUCAGUAAUUUGACCGUGAAUGAAAUUCUUCACGAAAUACGGAAAGUCGGUGAUUUGUACGAUUCGCCAUUUGCCACUGCUGGUGAUUACGCUCAGAUUAUUCAGCUGAUGUCCAAGUUUUACGGGAAUAAUUACGAUAUCACCGACAUAAUGGAACGCCUAACACCACAGUGUUCGUCUAUGUUACUCAACUGUUAUUUUCGCAAUCAGAGAAUGAAUUGCUCUGAUAUAUUCAGUGUCGGAAAAACGAAAAAUGGAUUCUGUUGCAUUUUUAAUUAUAUUGCCGAGAGUUUUGGUGAUACUCCUAAGUUUUUUAAGCAGGAGGAAUUUAAAUUGUAUUAUGUCGGAGACAUAGGUAUACAGAACGGUUUAACUGUGACGAUGGAUCCCUUAUUGGACGAUUAUUUUUACACGAUACUACCCACUAUUGGUUGGAAGGUGAUGAUAUUCGACCCUUACGAUUACCCUGACUCGGGCAGCGGCAGCGUUUCAGACAUUCUGCUUGGCCCGUUAACAGAGAAGUACGUACGUUUGAAGGCAGUUGGGUUGUACAGUACCGACAAUAUUCGCCCAUAUUCGAUGCAGAAACGGGGCUGCAUUUUCUCUGACGAAUACGUUUCGGACCACAUCACUUAUACCUAUAAUGACUGCAUAGUCGCCUGCAAGGUGGAGCACGUAUGGAACCAUUGCAAAUGUAGAGUGUUUUUCUAUCCAUAUCACGAAGAUUUCCACAGAACUUGCAAUAUGGAGAAUAUACAUUGUUUAUUGCAAUAUUACGAUGUAGCGUUUAACAUCGUACCUUAUAAAGACAAUAAUUUAAGUAGCUCGCUCGAUGAUCAGAAUGCAACAAUGUAUUGCAAAAAUUGUUACCCUGAAUGUGACGAUAUGAGAUAUUAUGUACAAAGUACUAUAUCUAACAUAGAGCCUGGAUACUUUGACACGGAAUUAUUUCCAGACAUGAACGUAACGAAUCAUAGUGUUCUGCACGUGUAUUUUCCAAACUCGGGAACCGAGUUUUUGAAACAAGACGUGACUACCCGUUGGUACGAGUAUUUGGGUGAAGUUGGAGGACUCUAUGGACUUUACGUUGGCAUCAGCAUCAUUAGUUUCGUAGAACUGAUUUAUUUUAUCAUAUUAUGGCUCACUGAAGCGUUUAAAUCUCUCGGGGUACUAGAAGAAGAAAUUCCUCACGAAAAUGCUAUACAUCCUAUUUAUUGGAAUGAAUUCUUUCCAUAUCCAAGGGCUGUCAUGAAUAAUUAAGGAAAAUAGUAUUUGCUUCUAAUAUACAUUCGAUGUGUUUCUG